AUGAUUUUUCUGGGGAACAUGUAUGAGCUGACAGAUGUAUCUAAACCAGUCGGGUUGGUCCUGCGAGAGUGGACCAAAACUUACGGCAAAGUCUAUGGUAUUCAAGAGGGAUUGCGACGGACGAUUGUAAUCAGCGAUGUUGAGAUGAUUCGCGAACUUUUCAUUAAAAAGUUCGACUAUUUCUACGGUCGAAAGAGUAACAUCAUUGGAGGUGAUGUGGAGAAAGAUUCUCGAGUUCAUGUCUUUGAAGCACAAGGUGUACGAUGGAAACGCCUCAGAGCAAUCUCUAGCCCUGCUUUUUCCUCGGGCUCUUUGAAAAAGGAGUUUACAAUGGAUGUGAUUAGUCGCAUCGCAAUGGGUCAACAAGGUUCUCAGAUGUUCAAGGACAAGAGGAAAGUGGCUACUAUGGACUCCGUCACGAAACAUUUAACGCGGGAAGAAAUUGCUGCUCAGUGCUUCGUAUUUCUCCUAGCGGGCUUCGACACUACAGCCACCUCAUUAGCGUUCGUCACCUAUCUGUUGGCGAAGAAUCCUCGAGUUCAGCAGAUUCUACAAGAAGAGAUUGAUCAGCAUUGCAACAGUGAUAGUGAGACAAUCAACUAUGAGACUCUCUCAAGUAUGAAGUAUCUCGACUCCGUCAUGAAGGAAUCCUUGCGUAUCUAUCCCCUAGCAGUCAUAGCUAACUCACGUCGCUGUAUGAAAUCGACCACGCUUGGACCGAUUAGGGUUGAAGAGGGUGAAUUCGUGAUAGCCGAUACCAUGUCUCUCCACUUUGAUCGCGAUCUUUGGGGAGACGACGCAGAGGAAUUCAGACCUGAAAGGUUAUUGCUUGUACUUGAAUCCCUACCGAAACAGAAAUUCUGGUAUCUGAUACAAUAUCUUAGACGCGGGAUUGCCAAUCACCAUAAACGACAAGAGUUUGAUAAACGCUUGUUCAGAUGGACUGAAUCUACGGAAAGGUCGUCAGCGGCGUUCCUGUCUUUUGGUCUUGGUCCAAGGCAGUGUAUAGGAAUGCGACUAGCUCAUAUGGAGGAAAAGCUAGUACUCGCUCAUCUACUCAGGCGGUAUGACAUCAUUGCAACAAACGAUACCGAGGUAAUUCUGCUUUUUGUUCUUCUCAGGUUUUCAGUGGUUGUUUUUGCCGGUUAUAAAUCGUCCUCGAUCUCCCUUGCAACUAGUGUAUUGAACUAA